UUCCAGUCGAUGCGAAGAGAAAAAAGCGGGAGCAAAGUGAAAUAAUCAAAUAUUUUAAUGUAAUACUGAUAGUACGAGUCACUCGUCGUGCAGUGUUGGUAUGUGAUAUUGUCCAGUGUGUUUAAUACGCAAUAAAAUUAUUGUGUUAAUAUUUUUUUCAAACAUGUGAAUAGUUCUAUAAUACAUACUUUUAUGAAUUUGCGAUCAUUGUAAAAAAAAGUACAGGUAUCAAUCGGUUGUAAGGAAAAGAAGUUGUUUUUAAAUUUUUCUUAUAUCUCGUUCAAAAGUUAUAGAAAAGUUAGAAAUAAUGUUGCUUAUGACUUUCAUUUUCGGCUUAUUAGUACCGUGUUUUUGCAUGGUCAACAAUGAAGAUAAUAGCAAUACAGAAAACAGUAGCAGUCUCAUCGAUCUCACCGAGGAGUUUAAUCCAGUGGAAACAUGUAUUACUCACCCACAUCACUGCAAAAAUGUUUACAAAUAUUUGGUUUACAUGAAAUCUUCGAGCUUAUGGAUGCGCCGGUUGGAUCGCCCGGAGCCGUCGAACCCAAUUUUGAUGAAAUUCCAAGUUUUUAGUUACGUCGAUUUGUACCAUCUCGCCGGUAUCGAAUACUCGGAAAAAAGAAAAUCGUUUUUUUAUGCAGACUGCUUACAUUUCCGUGAAGUCCCAGCUCUAGAUCUCGAUAAUGAAAUCGAUUUUAUGACUAAAAACAGUUCGAGGCAAUGUUUUGGCUACUUAGCAUACGAUGAUAAGGUGGACACUAUAUUUUACAUUGUUUAUCAAGUUCAUUUGAAAAUGUAUGCACUCAUCAAACACGAUAUGACGAAAAAAAACGACGACCGUGGAGUCCAACUUAUGAAAUUGAACCAUGAAAGGCCUAUCGCUGUCGUAAUUCACGAAGACAAAGCUUUAGUAUAUUUAGCUUCGAUUUCUAAAGAAACUAACAGAGGAUGGAUCGAAAAGAUGGACUACUUUGGCCAAGGAGGCAAAGUCAACCUCGAUGAGGAUGUCAGAAGUUUGGCGCUCGAUGCAAAGGAGGAUCGUUUCUAUUUUACUACGCGUUCCGGUGAAUUGAAAUCUGCGGAUUUAGAUGGUCAGAAUGUUCGCACCUUGACUAGUCACGUUCCUACUCGCAACACGCACAAUAUUGUCAUCGACAACGACUGGAUUUACAUUAAAAAUCGCACAAGCAUUUGGCGAUUAAAUCGCAACAAUUCAGAUAUCGAAAAUGAGGUUGUACCGCAUGACGACGAAUCACUUUUGAUAUCGUCAAUGAAGAUAGUAAUGAAACCCGAGAAUUCUUACGUGGAAAGAAAAUAUCUGUUAAGUCGGGAACCAAAGUGCGAACGUAUUUGUGUGCAUAUCGAUUCAGAUGGAUUCCACACCGAAGAAACCGGAAAAUACGAUAUCAGUGGCCAAUGUCAGUGUUCGCAAAAAGAUAUUCUAUGAAAAUCCACUUGCUUAGCUUAUACUGACCUAUUGGCAAUAUCAGCUUUUAAUUUAAAAUCAAAUUUUUUAAAUCUGACAAUAAAUUUCUUUCACGAAACUAACAUAAACAAUCAGAAGAUUAAAUUAUUAAUUUAGCUAAGGCGUGAAAGAUAAAAGACCAAGCGUCACAAUGAUUUAGAAGGUUAUUUCCUUCUUUUCUAAUAAGAUAUUUAAUAUAAAAUACUAUAAUUUAAAAUUAUUUUUACUUAAUUGAAAUAAAAUGCGUAGAUGUUUUUUCUUCAGGCUGUCGCUGACCUAAACAAGAUGUCUGAAUUUUUUCUAUCGAUGUGAAACACAGCCAAUCCCACGAGUUAAUGAUCAAUCAACAAUUAGAUAUCUAACCUCUUAGAAGGCUUUUAAAAUCAUUUUAAGUACUCUGUAUCCUUUUCUUAGUCAGUUUUUAUUUUUAAUCAUCGAUAUGUAACAUUUCCAAAUUACGCGCCUUUUAUAAUCGACUCCUAAUUCAGUAUCUAAGAUUUUUUGUAUUUAACUUGUUGGACCGCGAAAAUAAAUGAAAAUAUAGUCGUCUCGAAUAAAGUAUGGAAUAGUAUGGGCUACUUUGGACUCAAGUCCU